UUAGAAUGAAAUACUUGUAUCUUCUUUUGUUGGCCUCCUCCGUAGAGAGCGGAUUUUGGGAGGACUUUUAUCGAAUUCUGGCAUCGGAAAAUGCAAAAAAGAACCUCAUUUAUUCGCCAAUAUCUGCUGAGAUUAUUAUGAGCAUGGUUUACAUGGCAGCAGGUGGAAAAACGUUCGAAGAGCUUAGAAACGUUUUGAAAUUUUCAGAGAACAAAACACUUGUGGCAAACAACUAUCGAAGCCUUUUAAACGACCUUAAGCGCCGCGAAAAGGCUAUUAUCCUGCAUCUGGCCAUUCGGAUAUAUGUGAACAAGAAAUAUUGCCUUGUACCGGAGUUUAAUGAGGUGGCACGAAAGGCCUUCAAGGCCAAAGCCAAGUCGAUCCGCCUAGACGAUCCAGUCAGCGCGUCUGCAAUAGUCAAUAGCUGGAUAUUAAAUCGAACGCGUGGCAUCAUCCGGAAAAUAGUUUCACCUAAGGAUUUAGAUCCGGAUACAAGUGCAUUCCUGGUGAAUGCGAUCUACUUCAAGGGCCAGUGGCUGUAUAAGUUUCAGGCCGACCAAACUCAUGUAGCCGACUUCCAUGUAUCAGCUAACGAAAUUAUUCCGGUGAAGAUGAUGACUUUAUCUGCAUCUCUACUAUCAGCAGACAUCGAUGACAUUGAUGCAAAGGUUAUCGAGCUACCCUACUGGAACUCAACUCUUUCCAUGCGCAUCAUUCUGCCCAACAGCGUUGAUGGUCUAAGAAAACUGGAAGAGAAAGUUGGGUUUAUCGACCAUCAACUGGAAAAAAAAACCGUCAAUGUUAAGCUGCCCAAGUUCAAAAUCGAAUGUAGUGCACAACUAAAGGGGACUUUUGAAAAUUUAGGCAUUCGAGAUGUAUUUAAGCCCUCUGCUGACUUGAAUGGGCUAGUGCUAGAAUCUGGUGCUAAGAUCGAAAAAAUUGUGCAAAAGGCCUUUCUGAAGAUCGAUGAAAAGGGUGGCGAAGCUUCUGCGGCAACGGGUAUUCUUACUCGCCGAAAGAAGUCCAUUGACAAUUUAAGACUGCCUCCAAUGGAGUUCAUAGCUGAUCAUCCUUUUUUCUACGUAAUUCAUGACAACAAAGUCAUUUACUUUCAGGGUCACAUCGUUCAACCACAGUGGUAAUCAAAUGCCAGCAAAAUGCGACAAAAUUUUUAUAGGUCAAAAAAGAAAAUAUUAAAAA